AGUCCUGUCCGGCCAGUCCCGCCUUGCGCGCCCAUUUCGAGCCCGAGUUUCAAGCUUGAGUUCCCAGGCUCGGGUACCCGGAACAGAUUUUCCAGGACUCGGUUCUUGGGCCGUGGCUAUGGGGGCAGGAAUGGCGCAGCUCGAGGGUUACUACUUUUCGGCUGCCCUGAGCUGCACCUUUUUAGUGUCCUGUCUCCUCUUCUCCGCCUUCAGCCGGGCGCUGCGAGAGCCCUACAUGGACGAGAUCUUCCACCUACCGCAGGCGCAGCGCUACUGUGAGGGCCAUUUCUCCCUCUCGCAGUGGGAUCCCAUGAUUACUACGUUACCUGGCUUAUACCUGCUGUCAGUUGGAGUGGUCAAACCUGCCAGCUGGAUCUUUGGAUGGUCAGAACAUGUCGUCUGCUCCAUUGGAAUGCUCAGAUUUGUUAAUCUUCUCUUCAGCGUCGGCAACUUCUAUUUGCUGUAUUUGCUUUUCCGCAAGGUACAACCCAGACACAAGGCUGCCUCAAGUGUCCAGAGAAUCUUGUCAACAUUAACAUUAGCAGUAUUUCCCACACUCUAUUUUUUUAACUUUCUUUAUUAUACAGAAGCAGGAUCCAUGUUUUUUACUCUUUUUGCUUAUUUGAUGUGUCUUUAUGGAAAUCAUAAAACUUCAGCUUUGCUUGGAUUUUGUGGCUUCAUGUUUCGUCAAACUAAUAUCAUCUGGGCUGUCUUCUGCGCGGGAAACAUCAUUGCACAAAAAUUAACUGAAGCUUGGAAAACUGAGCUACAAAAGAAAAAGGAGGAGAGGCUUCCCCCUAUUAAAGGACCAUUUUCAGAAUUCAGGAAAAUUUUUCAGUUUCUUUUGGCUUAUUCCAUGUCCUUUAAGAACUUGAGUAUGCUUUUCCUUUUGACUUGGCCCUACAUCCUUCUAAUGUUUCUGUUUUGUGUUUUUGUAGUUGUUAAUGGUGGGAUUGUUAUUGGUGAUCGAAGUAGUCAUGAAGCCUGUCUACAUUUUCCUCAACUCUUUUACUUUUUCUCUUUUACUCUCUUUUUUUCGUUUCCUCACCUUUUGUCUCCUAGCAAAAUUAGGGCUUUUCUUAGCUUAGUUUGGAAACGUAGAAUUCAGUUUUUUGUGAUUACUUUAGUCUCUCUAUUUUUAGUUUGGAAAUUCACUUAUGCUCAUAAAUACUUGCUCGCAGAUAAUAGACAUUAUACAUUCUAUGUAUGGAAAAGAGUUUUUCAAAGAUACGAGAUUGUGAAAUACUUGUUAGUUCCAAUAUAUAUAUUUGCUGGUUGGAGUAUAGCUGACUCAUUGAAAUCAAAGUCAAUUUUCUGGAAUUUAAUGUUUUUCAUAUGCUUGCUUACUGUUACAGUACCUCAGAAACUGCUAGAAUUUCGUUACUUCAUUUUACCUUAUAUUAUUUAUAGGCUUAACAUACCUCUGCCACCUAUAUCUAGGCUUGUUUGUGAACUGGGUUGCUAUGCAGUUGUUAAUUUCCUAACUUUUUAUGUCUUCCUGAACAAGACUUUCCAGUGGCCAAAUAGUCAGGACAUUCAGAGGUUUAUGUGGUAACAUCGGAGAUAUAUGUUGAAUUCUAAAAAUAGACUUAUUUAGACUAUCUCCACAAUGAACAACUGAACAGGUAAAAAUAAUGGACUUUCUUUUGGGGACAAUCGUGGUCCACAGAUCACAUCAGAUUUUUUGUGUUUUAAACAUCAGAUAUAUGUGUUUUAAACAUAUAUAAUAAAUCCAAGGAAGUGGUAAAGAACUGAGAAGAGUUUAAGACUUGCUCCAUUAGCCUAAAUAAUGCAAAAUGAAAUUGUUUACAGUUACUUCAUGAUAUCCCUUUGGUACUGCUGGCCACUCAAAAAGUUUGAAAAAAUUUUGUAAGUAUUAGUUUAAGAAAACUGAGCUUUAUAGUCUGAAACUUAUUUAUUAAUUCUCUUCAGAAAGCAAUAGCAGGCAGAGUAUUUGAAAAAAUUUACAACUGAUCAGGUAAUAUUCUUGAUUGAAAGGUUACUUAACAUUUCAGUAAAUACAAUUUUAAUCGUAAGGCAAAAUAGACUCACAAAGAUAAUGUUAUAAAUUAGAAGCUCAUUUAGUUUAUCUUGUAAUUAAGUUGUUGAUUUUUGUUAAAAGUCUAGAAAUGAUCAACCCCUUUCACUAACUUUUUACUUUUGUUUUAUUUAUUUGUUUUUUUUUAGAGAGAGAGAGUGCAUGCACAUGUGAGUGGCUGGAGGAGGGAUGCAGGGAAGGGAAGGCAGAAAGAGAAGGAGAGAGAAUCUUAAGCAGACUCCAUGCCCAGUGCAGAGCUCGAUGUGGGGCUCAGUCUCACAACCCUGAGACCUGAACUGAAAUCAAGAAUUGGGUGCUUACCCCACUGAGCAUCCCAAGCACUCCACUAAUUAUUUUUUUAAGUAUUUAUUUAAGUAAUCUCUACACCCAAUGUGGGGCUUGAACUCAUGACCCCAAGAUCAAGAGUGGCACACUAUUGACUGAGCCAACCUUGCCUCCCUUUCGCUAAUUCUUAGGAUGAAAUAUAUGAUGGACAAAGGUAAAAUGUGUCGAUGAUAAUACCUUUUAAAAGGGAUUUUCAUUCUAAAAUACAUUACUGUAUAGUUUCCUAUGGCUGCUGUAACAAAUAACAACAAACUUCGUAGCUUAAAAAA